GCAGCCGGAAACGGGGAACGGUGGUCCGUCCCACGUUCCAGAUUCAGCGACCCAGAAUCGGAGUCGGGAACGAGGUAGGAUUCGGUAAGAUUCAUCUUAGAUUCGCGUCCCCAAAUAAAAGCUACAAUUCAGUUCCGUAUUAAGUCCCCAGCACUUGAUUAAUCACCCACGGCCGCCGUUUCUUUCGUCUCCCAAAACGACUCCUCGUUCUCCCAGAUUGACUCCUCGUUCCAGCAUGGUAAUCAAUGAAAUCACGAUCCCUUCCUCUAUAAGAGCUUCCGUUGGAUGGAUUUCUCCCCUAACAGAGGAGUUGCAGCUGAACCAGGCGCUGGCAACCUUGAGCUUCAGAAGUUCAACUUCAGAUCCCAGUUCUGACGACCUUGAGAUUCAGAGAUUGCAAUGGCGUUUGGGUCGAAACGUAAGCAACUAGAUGAUGAGAAUGAUGUCGAAGAGACUCACGGUGAUGGAGCUGAUGCUGAUCUUGGCCAUUCUGGUGAUGAGUCAGCCGAAGAAGAAGAUGAUUCAGCCGACCAAGGUAGUAUAAAAGUUGCUAAACCCCUUCAUGAUGAGGUAGUUCUUCUCGAUGGACCCAAAGCGAAGAACUCUGGUGGAUCAAGACCAUGGAGAUGCAAGCAUUGUAAUAAGAAAUUUACAAGUAGUUAUACAAGAAUUCAUCACCACUUCUUUGGUCCUGGACCUGGCAAGCCACCACAGAUUGGGCGCUGCUCUGUCGCAAAUGAUCGUGCCAAAUAUAAGAAAAUAUAUGACAAGUAUCACAAAGCUGAGAAAGGACAACCUUCAGGCUCGGUGCCAACCAAGCCAUUAGAAAAAGCCUUUGCUGGGAUGGAAAGAGAUGCAGUGGACGUGCAGAUCAUGAUGUUCCUUUGUGCUAAUGGAAUUCCCUUCAAUGUGUUAAGAAGUCCACAGUAUUAUGAAAUGGUAGCAGCCAUCCAGAAAGCACCAAAGGGAUACAAACCUCCUGGCUAUGAGAAGGCCAGGACUACCCUUCUAGAUGCAUGUAAAAGAAAGGUGGAGAGUGACUUAGCUCCAGUCAGAGAUACAUGGUAUACCCAUGGUGUUUCUGUUGUUUCUGAUGGAUGGACAAAUAUGAAGAACAAACCAUUAAUAAAUGUCAUGGCCUCAAAUAGUCGUGGUUCAAUGUUUCUAUACGCUGAAGACUUCUCCGGAGAAGUGAAGACAGGUGAAGCCAUUGCACAAUUCUUAUUGCAAGCCAUUGAGGAGAUUGGCCCGUCCAAUGUUCUUCAAGUCAUCACCGAUAAUGCAUCUAAUUGCAAAGUUGCAGGAAGAGAAAUUCAGAGGGUACAUAAGCAUAUAUUCUGGUCUCCAUGUGUGGUUCAUACACUGAAUCUAGUGUUCAAAGAUUUUGCAAAUAAGUUUGCUUGGAUGGUUGAUACAUAUCAGACUGCGAAAGUAACUGUAAAGUUCUUUAGGAACCACCAGCACUUUCUAAAUCUCUUUAGAGGUAAUUCCGAGUUGGAUCUUUUGAAAGUCACAAAAACUAGAUUUGCAAGCCAUUAUAUUUUGCUGAAGAGGCUUAUGGACGUGAGAGAGGCACUUACAACUACAGUUGUCACAAACAAGUGGAAAGAGUUGGUUAAGUCUUCUGAUGGACAAACAAGAGAUGCAGCAAAUGCCAUUGUCCAAAAUAUUAUGGAUGAAAUAUUUUGGGAUGAAGUUCAAGUCAUCCUUGAUAUCACAAAACCAUUGUAUAUGGUGAUCAAGUUCAGCGAUGGAGAAGGUCCAAAAGCUGGUGACAUAUAUGAAAAAAUGGACAACAUGCUUGGCCAAAUAAAAGAAGUCAUGACAAAGGAAGAUAACCCUCACAGGAAUGAUUGGAAUGAGGUUGAGACAAUUAUUAUUGAGCGGUGGGCAUAGAUGAACUGGCCAUUUCAUUGCUUAGCUUUUGCUCUUUCUCCAAAAUAUUAUGAUAAAGCCUAUCUUGCAACUCCUGCUCCUAGUGGUGGUCAAAGGAAAGCUCCAAACGAGGACACUGAAGUUAUCCAGGGUGUUAUGGAUGCUCUGAAUAGAAUCGCAGAAGAUGAAAAUGAGUUUGCUCUUUUGCGUGAGGAGUUUAACACCUUUAUAAUGAAGAAAGGUUUGUUUGCAAUGGCAGUUGUUCAAGCUGAUGCUGCCACUAUGAAUGCCAUAGAUUGGUGGUUCAAUUAUGGUGCACAAACUCCACAUUUAAAUGAGGUGGCAAAGAAAGUAUUGUCUCAGCCAAUAAGUAGCUCCUCUGCUGAAAGAAACUGGAGUACCUACUCAUUCAUACAUAGUGUGAAGAGAAACCCUCUGAACGCAAAGACAGCUGAUAAACUUGUCUACAUUCAUGCAAAUGAGCGUCUUAAGAGAAGGUUUUCAGAGGGCUAUAAUUCAGGUCCACAUUAUAAGUGGGAUGUUGAUCCUGAUAAUAGUUUGUUGGAGGAUUCAAGCUUGAAGCUUGAGCAGCUGCGUUGGGCUAGCUUGGAGGAUGAACCUGCUGAAGUUGAACCACCAAGAAAAGUUCGGAGGACUUGAAUUUCGAAUUUCGAAUUUUAAUGUUAAGUUCAGUAUUUUGUUACUUUGGUUUGUCAGAAUUUCAAAUUUUAAUGUUAAGUUCAGUUUUGUA